AUGCCGUCAACAUUCAACACAUUAGAACGAGAAAAUUUAUUUCUUAAUCCAAGUUCAGAUAAAUUUGGUUAUCCAGAAUUACAAAAAUUGGUCAAGCCUCAUAUCGAAUCAUUUAAUUCCUUACUUGAACCUGCUGGUAAAGGGAUCUUACACCUUGCUAUUGAUGAUAUUGGCGCUCUGGAGAUUUUUGACGUUCCUAACAAUAGCCCCGAAAGUGGAAAUAAACUUACAAUAUGGAUUGACGAUGUUAUGAUUGCAAAACCACUCUUAUCUGAAAAUGUUCGUCUCGCAAAAUCGAGACAAAUUUAUCCCACCGAGUGUCGAGAAAGGUUGACCACGUAUGCAGGGAAAAUGACCGCGAAAUUUUGUUGGUGUAAUCUAUAUAAUUUGUAUUCGCGACAACUUAUACAACAUCAUGAAGAAUCCGAAGAAAUGGGCGGGUAUUUCAUAGUGAAUGGAAUAGAAAAGGUUAUUCGUCUCCUAUUAAUCCCAAGACGUAAUCACGUGAUGGCGCUUAUCCGUCCAUCGUUUACUAAUCGUGGUGAAGAUUAUACGGAGUAUGGUGUACAGAUCCGUUGCGCGAAACUUGAUCAAUCAACCGUAACAAAUACCUUACAUUAUUUAAAAAAUGGUGGUUGUAUGAUACGGUUUAGUUGGAAAAAACAGGAAUUUAUGGUCCCGGUCAUAUUGGUUAUGAAGUCUCUUAUUGAAGUUUCGGAUAAAGGAAUAUAUGAUACGCUGGUUCAAGGAGAACAUACAAACACAUUUUUAACGGAUCGCGUGGAACUUAUGCUUCACAAUUUUAAAUUAUUUAAUGUUCAAUCACGAGAACAAUGCACAUCUUUACUAGGCGAAAAGUUUCGUAUCACGUUCUCACCACCACCUUAUUACACCAAUAAACAAGUGGGAGAUCUCAUCUUGAAUAAAGUCAUCCUGGUUCACCUUAGGACGAAGAAGGAUAAGUUUAAUCUCUUGACGUUCAUGAUCCGUAAACUAUACUCAUUAGUCGCAGGGGAAUGUUGUCAAGAUAAUCCUGAUUCCCAACAGAAUCAGGAAAUCCUUUUAGGAGGUUAUCUUUACGGAAUGAUCAUAAAAGAGAAACUUUUUGAUGUUCUUAAUGGAUUUCGUGCUGUCGUAUCUAUGGAUAUUAAUGCAAAAAGAAAAGUGAAUUUUAAUGAAAAAAAAUACAUGAAUCACCUUUUCGCAAAGGUCACUAAUAAUAACGUUGGUCAAAAGUUGUCUUAUUUUCUUGCCACCGGAAACCUUGUUUCAAAUACCGGAUUGGAUUUGAUGCAGACCACUGGAUACACGAUAGUUGCCGAGAAACUUAACUUUUAUCGUUUUAUUUCACAUUUCCGAUGUGUACAUCGUGGAUCAUUCUUCACCACAUUAAAGACGACCACUGUCAGAAAAUUAUUGCCCGAAUCAUGGGGAUUCCUUUGUCCGGUUCAUACGCCGGACGGCACACCUUGUGGAUUACUUAAUCACCUUUCUCACACAUGUAGAAUUGUCACGGAAAGGCUGAAAGUUGACAAGAUUCCCGAAAUUUUAGCAGAAAUAGGAGUUUCCAAGAAUGUAACGACGGAAGUAAGCUCCGAUGGUUCGUUGAUUUGCGUGCAAUUAGACGGAAAAAUAAUCGGGUGGUGUGAUAGUGAGCAAGCAAAAGCAAUAUCAAAUGAGUUGAGAAAACGAAAAUUUGACAUAACCAAUCCCGUUCCUUUGGAUCUCGAGAUUGGAUACGUCCCGCCUUCUAACGGAGGACAAUAUCCCGGGAUUUAUUUAUUCUCCUCUCCAUCACGCAUGAUGCGUCCUGUCAAGUACCUUUUCAACAACAAAACUGAUAUGGUUGGAUCCUAUGAACAGGUAUAUAUGGAUAUCGCUUGUCUGGAUGAGGAUGUUAUCAAUGGUGUGUCAACACAUCAAGAAUUUGCGCCGACAAAUAUGUUGAGUAUUCUUGCGAAUCUUACGCCAUUUUCCGAUUACAACCAAAGUCCUCGUAAUAUGUAUCAAUGUCAGAUGGCCAAGCAAACCAUGGGUACGCCGGCGACGUCUCUAAGGUACCGAACGGACAACAAACUGUAUCGGCUGCAGACAGGUCAAACUCCAAUUGUUCGGCCUGAACUUCACAAUAUUCUUGGUCUGGACGGAUUUCCCAAUGGCACAAAUGCGAUCGUGGCUGUAAUUUCGUACACUGGAUACGAUAUGGAAGACGCCAUGAUUAUUAACAAGUCAUCACAUGAACGUGGAUUUGCGUAUGGUACGAUCUACAAGUCGGAAGUCAUCGAUCUCGGGGAUUAUCGGACGACCGGUGAACCAAUUAAAUAUCAUUUUGGUUUUGAAAAGGAUGCACCCCCAGCAUGGCGUGAAAAACUUGAUAAGGAUGUUAUUGGCGACAAGUUUUCUUCCCGGCAUGGGCAGAAAGGUAUCCUUUCACAAUUGUGGCCUCAGAUAAACAUGCCCUUUACUGAGAGCGGAAUGCAACCCGAUAUCAUUAUCAACCCACACGCGUUCCCCUCUCGCAUGACAAUUGGGAUGUUUGUUGAGAGCUUGGCGGGAAAGGCUGGAGCUUUAUUUGGUGUUGCGCAAGAUUGUACUCCAUUCAAAUUUAACGAAAAUGACACGGCGAUUGAUUAUUUCGGUGAACAGCUUAGACGUGCGGGGUAUAAUUAUCAUGGUAACGAACCUUUGUACAGCGGUGCUACCGGGGAGGAAUUUAAAGCCGACAUAUACAUUGGGGUCGUAUAUUAUCAACGGUUACGACACAUGGUUUCCGAUAAGUGGCAAGUGAGAUCCACCGGACCUGUUCAUAACCUUACAAUGCAACCUAUUGGUGGGCGUAAGAGAAGUGGUGGUGUUAGAUUUGGAGAGAUGGAACGCGACGCUUUGUUGGCUCACGGAAUGAGUUUUUGCCUUCAGGAUCGUUUAAUGAAUUGCUCGGAUUAUUCACAGUGUCAUCUAUGUGCAAAAUGUGGUUCUAUAUUUACGGCUUUGAUAGUUAAAGAACAUGAAACAAGAAACGAUGUUAAAUACAAGAAGCAUCAUAUUAUAUGUAAAGUUUGUGAUACGGCGCAAUAUAUUACUUUAAUUAAAAUUCCUUUUGCUUUUAGAUACCUUGCAACGGAACUUGCGAGCAUGGGUGUCAAGAUCACACUAGAUACAAAAUAUUAA